CAACAAACCACCCCGAAUUUCUCAGAGUGGGAGUCUCAGAAAGGCUUAACUGUAGAUACGGCCCACGGCGAAGCUGUUUGUGCCGUUGACCUUAUCUACAGGUCCCGCCUCUCAUAGCAUCUCACUGCGGCGUGGUCACACGUCGUUGGAAGCUGCGAGUUUCGGAUGAGCAAUCCCAGAUAGAGGAAGAUAAAGGAGCUUACAUACUAGUACACUGAUGACUCGACUCUCCCCGAACUUAAACUACUAGACCAUCCACACAGAAGCAUAUCCACACCAACGGCCACCCACAACCAUGGGUCACCUUGUGACGGUUGCGACAUGCAGCUUGAACCAAUGGGUUCUCGACUGGGAGGGUAACCUCGGUCGUAUCAUCGAAAGUAUCCAUCAGGCAAAGGCGGCUGGUGCUCGUCUUCGUGUUGGUCCCGAACUAGAAAUAUGCGGGUACUCGAGUCUGGACCACUUCCAUGAGCUCGAUGUUUACACACACAGCCUGGAGAUGCUGGCCCAGCUUCUGCGGGACGAAAGCACUUAUGGCAUCCUUCUCGACGUUGGCGUGCCUAUCCUCCACCGGAACCUGCGGUACAACUGCCGGGUUAUCUGCCUUGACGGCAAGAUCCUCCUGAUCCGGCCCAAGAUGUGGCUCGCCAACGACGGCAACUACCGCGAGAUGAGGCAUUUCACCCCCUGGAUGCGUCCCAGAGAGACGGAACUCUUUCACCUGCCUAAGAUACUGGCCGAAUUGCAGGGCGAAACCCACGUCCUAUUUGGAGAUGCCGUCAUCUCCACCCCCGAGACCGCCUUUGGUGCAGAGACCUGUGAGGAGCUCUUCACCCCAAAGGCUCCGCAUAUUGACAUGGCCUUGGACGGUGUCGAGAUUAUCACCAACUCCAGCGGCAGUCACUUUACGCUGCGGAAACUCGACACCCGGCUGCAGUUGAUCAUGGAAGCAACUCGCAAGUCAGGCGGUGUCUACCUCUACGCGAACCAGCAGGGUUGCGAUGGCGAGCGCUUGUACUUUGACGGCUGUGCCAUGAUCAUAGUGAACGGCGACGUCGUCGCCCAGGGAUCUCAAUUUAGUCUCAACGAUGUUGAGGUCGUGACUGCCACAGUCGACUUGGAGGAGGUGAGAUCGUACAGGGCAGCCAUCUCCCGCGGACUUCAAGCAGCAACAUCCACCGCCAAGUACCAACGAAUUCAGACGCCGUUCGAGCUUAGUUCCGAGGAAGAUGACGCCGAUGUUACGAUGGCACCAACCCUGCCAAUCCAGCCGCGGUACCACUCUGUCGAAGAGGAGAUUGCGCUGAGCGGUGGCUGCUACCUCUGGGAUUACCUCCGGAGAUCCGGGACUGCGGGCUAUCUCGUGCCCCUGAGCGGCGGUAUCGACUCAUGCGCAACUGCGGUAAUCGUUUACUCGAUGUGCCGCAUCGUCAUGGAGGCCAUAGCAGACGGAAACAAGCAAGUAAUCGAAGACGUCAAGCGCAUCGCCAAGUACGGCGGCGAGAACGUGCUGCCCACAACGCCGCAGGAGCUCUGCAACCAGGUCUUCUCCACCAUCUACAUGGGCAUGAAGAAGCAGAGCUCGCACGAGACGCGCCAGCGCGCAAAGGACCUGGCCGAGGCCAUCGGCAGCUACCACGUCAACCUCGACAUCGACGACGUCUACGAGGCCCAGAAGCAGCUCGUCGUCAGCACCGUCGGCUUCGACCCCAAGUUCAAGGUCGAGGGUGGCACCGUGCAGGAGAACCUGACGCUGCAGUGCUUGCAGGCUAGGAUCAGGAUGGUCACUGCUUAUGAGUUUGGUCAGAUUCUCCCGACCGCGAGGCAGAGGCCUGGCGGUGGAAGUCUCCUGGUCCUAGGCAGUGCAAACGUUGGCGAGAGCUUGAGAGGCUACUUGACGAAGUACGACUGUUCAAAUCCCAUCGGCUCCAUUGACAAGGCCGACCUGAAACGCUUCAUUGCGUGGGCCGAGAAGAACUUUGAUCUUCCGUGCCUCCACGGGUUCUUGACGGCCGUACCCACCGCCGAACUCGAACCCAUCACGCAGGAUUAUGUCCAAAGCGAUGAAGCAGAUAUGGGCAUGACCUACCAGGAACUGACCAUCUUCGGGCGCCUCCGCAAGCUCAACAAGCUCGGCCCGUUCGGCAUGUUCCAGCGUCUUGUACACGACUGGAGUAUCGACCGCGAGCGCAAGCCAGAAGACGACGCGCCGUACUAUACGCCGACACAGGUCGCCGACAAGGUCAAGAAGUUCUUCCACUUUUAUGCCAUCAACAGGCAUAAGAUGACCACACUGACGCCGGCUCUGCACUGCAACGACUACUCGCCGGAUGACAAUCGCUUCGAUCUGCGGCCGUUCCUGUAUCCGCCCUUCUGGAAGAGCUGGAGCUUCAAGCGGAUCGAUAUGGAGCUAGAGAAGAUCGAGAAGAAGCGGGCGAGCAAAAACAGUGAUUAGAGUGUGAAAAACGUCGGAAUCUGGUUGAUGGAUAUAGAAAUACGUCAAGAUAAAAGACAUUUCCCGAUUUGGUUUGGUGUGUGUCAUGAAUGUUUCUUGCAGGUGGCCCCGCAGAGAGCCCCACUUCUGAUAGCCCUUUUCUGCAAAUCGCCUUUUUUUCGCGG